AUGGACCAUUCCAGGCUCCCCGUACUCAUCAUAGGGACAGGUCCCUCAGCGCUUCUGCUGGCACACUCGCUACUGCGAUUCUCGAUCCCGUUUCGCCUGUUCGAGAAAGAUCUAUCUCUGAAUCACCGCACGCAAGGAUAUCGCUUUCGUGUCACUGGCCGAGGCGUCACAUCCUGUCGCGACAAUCUUUCGCCCGAGCACUUUGCAUUGCUGCGAGCAUCAUGCGCCGAUCAGCAGACUGCCGGUGUGAAACGUAUCGAUGCAUUGACUGGCAAUUUGCUACCCAUGGGCAUGUCCAAACCGUCGACACCUUUGGCCAAGGACGAAGAGCCGCUGGUGGCGGAAAGGACGACGAUGAGACGGGUGCUCUACAACGGGCUGGCGAAAUACACGACGUUCGGAAAGCAGUUGGUUAGCUACCAAGAAGAUCGGCAAAGCGAUGGCUCAGAAAGUGACUCAAACCGCUCGGUCAGUUCUGCAACCAGCUCCGGGGGACGUGGAAUCACUGUGCGCUUUGCCGACGGCGACACUGUGCGUGGUGCUCUCCUGGUUGGAGCCGAUGGCGCGUUCUCCAGAGUGCGAGCUCAGCUUCUGCCCGAUACGAAGCUUCUCGACAGUUCGAUGCGCAUGGCAUUUGGCAGAACACAUCUCACACCAGAGCUGGAGACUGCAAUGGGCUCUGAUGACUAUAAGAAGCUGACCGAGGGCACGUGCUUGUUCAACAGUCCUUCCAAGAUGUUCUUCAUGUGCGAGUCCAUGCGAUUUGGACAACGCGAGAGUGCUCGGUCCAUGGACGCGGACACAGCUGCAGCCAUUCCCUCAGACUACGUAUACUGGGCGCUGGCCCUUCGGAGUGAACAAGAUGAAGCACAAGGCAUCGAUUGGCGUGGCAUGUCUGCCGAGCAGACGGCGGAAUUGACGCACAAGCUUACCGAAAACUGGAACAACUCCAUGCGCCAGCUGAUAGUGCUUCAAGAUAAAAAGCACACGAUGCCUUUACUCAGCGGCGUUAUGCCUCUUCCGCUUACGAGAUGGAGACACGCAGCUGAACCUGAAGACAGUCCACUGGUGACGCUCAUUGGGGAUGCCGCUCAUGCCAUGCCACCAACGGCCGGCGUCGGCGCAACGUCCGCGCUCACCGAUGCCGCAAUUCUGGGAGAAGCUCUCGAUAAACAUGGUCUGACGGUUCACGCCUUGGAAGACUACGAGAAGCAGAUGUUCGAUUACGGAGCUAAGGCUAUCGAAGGUGGUUGCAAGAAUGGAAAGAUCUUCAUGCCAGGGCUUCGAGACAUGUCAGAGAUGGAAGCGAUGGAGAAGACGUGGUGA